AUGCCAAUAAUGGUGGAGGAACUCAAGAUGCAGGUGCCAACAUUUGAGAACAGUAACUCAGACGACGCCGGACCUCCCAGUAAUGAACCUGCUGCAGCGAUCCCUAUUGUACCAGCUGAACCACCGAAUAAUGCUAACCUUAUAAGUCUUGUAGCUAAUCCAGCGGAGACCGUAAAUGCAGCUCCGGUUGGUAAUCUUUUGACCCAAGAGGCUGUCAAUCCACCAGCAGCUGCCAGCGGAAACAAUUCUAUACCGCUCCCACCCAAACCACAGCUUCCACUUGCAAACCCACUGGGUCAACCUAAUCCACCACCCCCACCUGCCCAUCCUCCCUCAACAAAACCACUUCCGGACUUCGACAAAGUGACGGCAGAGAUGACCAACAGACUCAACCACACAAAGACUCAAUGCGACAAGUUCAAAGUCCCCUACACAAUAGACUCCGAGGUCUACCAGCUUCCACAAUAUAACAUAAGUUACUGCAAAAUUCCCAAAGCAGGAUGCACCUACUGGGAACAAGUAAUCUCUUUCCUCAACAAACCAACACAUGAACUGUCUUAUCUGGGCAUCAACAUGCCAUUCCAAAUUUCCAAGUUUGAUAUCCGCUACACAAGCCAUUUCAACUUGCCCAGAAGAGAUUUCAAGAAAGAAGCAGAUGUUGCCGAGAUCAUGAAGUCCACUCGAGUCAUGUUUGUUCGGCAUCCACUAGAGCGUCUCUGGAGCUGUUAUCUGGAGAAGUUCUUCUUGAUAGAUUUUUGGACUACAAUAGGUGUGUCCAUGAAGACAACUGGAGCUGACGUUAAGUGUCCAAAGUCAAUUACUUUCAGGGAGUUCAUCGACUUCACGCUGCCGCUGUUCAACGAGAACUGGGCACCGAUGACAGAACUCUGCAACCCCUGUCAGUUCCAGCCUCAUAUUAUUGGACGGGUGGAGACGCUUCGAGACGACUCCUUCUACACGCUUAAGAAG